AUGGACGAUGUCUCUCUGAUAAUCAAUGUCAAUGAUUUUGCAGGCACUCAAUGUGAACUCACUUCAUGUCAAGGUAUUUGGUCGAAUGAAACGAAAAGAGUCUGUAAUGGAAGAGGUACAUGUACCUCCUUUAAUAAUUGCACAUGUCAAAGUGGAUAUAUUGGAGAUGAUUGUCAAAACAAUGUGACGAUGAAUAAUGCAAAUGGCAAUGCAGAUUCAACCAUGACGGCCAUUGCUGUUGGAGUGGGUGUUUCUUUGGUGAUGAUGAUUCUAUUAAUGAUCAUGAUUGGAGUCAUGGUGUGUGUAUAUUAUUAUUACAAGAAGGGAUAUAAGAAGAAUCCAUCCAAGAAAGAGCAUGAUCAUCCUCCUGUCUUGAGGAUGGACGAUCGAGAUGCAUCUUGUCAGGCACACCACCAUGUUUCAAUCACUCAAAGUCCAUUAUUGACUCUGUCAGACAUUGAAAUGAAUCUUGGCUCUACUUUUGACUCUUUGAACCAUCACACACCGUCACAAUCACUCUUGGAUUCUAAAGUCAUUCCAUCUUCCAUAACAACCACAACCACUGCAACAACACCUUCGAAAGGUCACAUUGCCAACGUUGGAGAUUUUCACCACUCACAAGAAGUAGUUUCAGAUUUUCCCUCUGAAGCAAGUUUACAUUUUACUUCCCUCACCAAUGGAAAUUCAUUGAAUUCCUCUUCGACACACACCAUAACUGCAAACACAUCCUCAGUCUCCACAGAAGUGGAUCCAUUGUCUCGAUAUUCCAAUUUAGUACAAGUGGGUCGAGGUGCUUUUGGAUCUGUUUUUAAAGGUAAUGACAUGAAAAUGGGUGGAAAAACCAAAGCUCUCAAAGUAAUUAAGUUCAACUCACUGGUCGAGUUGAAUACUGCCUUAAAAGAAGGAGCUCAACUCAUGAAUCUUAAUCAUCCGAAUAUUCUCAAAGUGAAUGACUUUUUUGUGGAUAGAGAUCAAGUACUUUGUAUUGAUAUGGAUUAUUACGAGAAUGGAGAUUUAUCAAAACUUACCUCUCCCAAUGUAGAGUGUUCGGAAUUGAUGGUGAAACAAAUUAUUUAUCAAAUGUGUGAUGCUUUGAAUUUUGUUCACACACAUCUCAAGAUGAUUCACAGAGAUGUGAAACCAAGCAAUAUCUUUAUUGAGAAAAUGGAUCAAGAUCAUAUUCAUGUCAUUCUUGCGGAUUUUGGACUUGCCAGAGCCAAUCAAGGAUCGACCAACAAUUCCUAUGCUGGAACUCCACUGUUCAUGUCACCCGAGUUGGGUCUAGGUGGUAAAUAUAGUUUCAACACAGAUGUUUAUUCGUUGGGUGUUGCAAUCUAUCAAAUUAUGACAAAAGAUGUUACCACUUCCAUCAGUCACUUGUAUUUUGAACAAGAUGCCAUUCAAUUUUUGAGAAACAAAUUGAGUGAGCCAGGAAUUUACUCUAAGGAAUUGAUCAAUCUUGUGCUGAAUAUGUUGCAGAAGAGUAGUUCCAAACGACCCUCUGCUGGAGAGGUUAUCAAAGAUCCUUAUUUCUCUGAUCACAUUCACAACAAUGUGUAG